AUGCCGAUCCUUUUCAAACCACUCGUGACAGUCGCUCUUGGGAUGAGUCAAACCACAGUUGUUCGCAGAUUGAAGUCAAUCAGCAAGGACUUCCAAACCCGCGACGACAUCAAAAAGGCACUUGAGCAGUUCUUCAAGGAGCAGUCCCCAGCGUUUUGGAGCAAAGGCAUCUACGAUUUGCCUAAACGUUGGCAGAAGACCAUCGAUGCCAAUGAGGCAUACUUCAAAUGA